GAUUGGAUGAGCACUUUGGAAACACAAACAGAAAGGCGUUCACCCCUAGCGGUUGGACCUCUACCAUCCCUAAUUGCCGCCACCACCGACCUACCCAUUCUGAGAUGGCCGCGAAGCUCAUGCCCUUGCCACCUCUCCCCUCCACCGUGCCCACCAGUGAUCUAUCCAACAUCCGAAACCAAUCAACCUCCACCCUGGUACAGACAACCAUGUCAGCAUCUCGAUGAUUGGUCAGUGCCGCUGAAACAGGAUUGGAAUAACAAGCAACUGUCUAAAUGUUGGUGAAAGGUAGAAAAGUUACUGGUAGGGGAGAAGCAAUGACUGCACACUAUGCUUUUGGCCCACUCGAAGAUGAUAUCAUCAUCAAACACCGGCUUCUCACCCGCACAACCACCACAAGGGGUGAACCUCCAUUAAAGAAACUUCAGAAGAAGUUCACCUCUUUUGCUGUUGAGAUUGAGAAGGAUGCAGAAAACUACAGUGACUGUGAAAGACUUGCCAAAACCUUCCUACAAGAGUUGACGACGUUUGAACUUCCGCUCCUUAAGAGCAAAGCUGUUAUAGAUGCAAAUCUCAGAGAGAAGGAGAACUUCAAUGAGUUAGAAGAUGAGAUAAACAGGCAGAUUCUGCAGGCACAAGCUGAUAUAGAGGAUCUGAAGAAACAACUGGAAGAUAGCAAGAUUGAAAGGCAGCAUAAAGAAGAGUGUGAGGCAAUCAGGAGGUUAAUCGCUAUGCAGCCACCAAGAUCAGAGACACAGAAAAUCAUAACAGAGCUAGAGAAAGAGAUUGCGAUGUUGGAGUCAGAGAACACAGCUGGUUCAAGAACAUUGGAGCUUCGCAAGAAACAAUUUGCUCUUUUAUUGCAUGUGGUGGAUGAAUUGCAGAACACCAUCGAGGAAGAGCAAAAGAGUUUGAUUGAGGAGAUGAGAAUAGCACUAGAUGAGCAAAAAAAUGGUGUGGAGGAUGCCAGUGGGGGUUCAGAAGCCAUGGUUGUUGAUUAGCGAAGAGUGUUGCAUCUCAGUGUUAAAAACUGUAAGAUUGUUGAUCUUAAUCUUUGAAGUUGCUCUUCUCUAGGAUUAGGGAGUAUAUCAAAAUCUUUGAAUUCAGUUGCAUCUUAGUCCUAUUGGAAACAUAAGUAGGACUGGAGUUUUGAGUACUCUAAAAUUACUUUUAUCCUCUGUAGAUUUCCAGUUAUGGGAGUAAUGGAUAUGUGAUAAAUUUUACAUAUUCCUCUU